CAUUUCUGAUAUUGUUGCAUCACAAUAUAUUAUAAUUCGGUCUCAGAGUGUAUUUCUUUAUUACAAUCUGUCGGGUUAAAAUAUCUUAUAGUAAUGGCGUUUUUAAGAUUAUUUGGGGAUAAAUUCAUUCCUACUGUUAAAGCGGAAGAUGAAGAAGAAGCUGAGCUUGUUGAUCCACAUACUGCCUUGAGGGAAAAAUGCCAAAAUAAGGGAAAUAUACAAGCUUUGUACAGCAAGUACCAAGGGUGCAACGAUAGAGUAAAUAGCAAGUCCAAAACAACCGAAACAUGUAUGGAAGAGCUUUUCGACUAUGUUGCAGAACUGGACCAUUGCGCUGCUCAUCACCUUUUUUCCAAGCUGAAAUAAAAAUUUGAUGUUCCAUAUCUAUUUAAUAUUAUUAGUUGAAUUAUGCGACAGUUAACUAAAAAAUUAUAAAAAAGUUUCAAAUACACCUGAAAUCCUCAAUUGA